UAAAUUACACAACUAUAUCCAUCAUAAGUACAUGAACUUAAUUAAUUAUUACAUUCAGUAUGACUAGAACCAGUGAUAUCAGAACAACCUUACUCAACACAUUUGUUAGAUUACCAUAUACAUUUACCUGUUUAUGUUACAGCUCCAGCUGAGUUAAUUGUAACUCCAGAUUUAUCAAUUUAACAUGCUUAUUAAACUUGAUAAUUUUUACAAUUAUCCAACUAUAUACAACCAUUAACACCAUCACUUGUACAUUAACCAAGAGAAUAAAAAUAACAAUCAUUAUGAUUAAGAUAGAAAGCAUUUGAACAUUCAUUAAAUUCAAUGCAUUAAUGAAGUGCCGAAGGUUUUAAUGAUGUGGGUGUCCAAAUACAUUUCCCAAUUUAAUUGUUGUUACUACCUAUAAAACAAGCAACUUUAGGAGUUUUGGAGCAUUUUGUAAUAGCCACACAAUUAUUACCAUUAGUUGUACAUUAUGGAUGUAUUGAAUUACAUUAAAUAUGUGUAUUAUAGACUAAAUCUGUACACUGAGCAUAUUUAUAACAUUUGGCUUAACUCCAUAGACAUGGUCCAUCUGUUCCGAUUAUACAGGCUUAUUAAAUGAAUGUAUUUGAACAUGUUUUCAUGAUAGUACAUUGAAAUCCAUUAGUUGUACAAUUAGCUUAUGCUUUAUUACAUGUAAAAUGAUCAUAACCAAAUAAAUCAGUA